UCUCCUGCAAACCGACGUUCAUCCAAGACCAGAAUGAAGCAUCAUCUGCUGUUCUUGACUGCCCUUGUGUCCUCGUGGUCGCUGCUCGUCUCGGGUGCCGUCUGGAACUGCACCCUGACUCAGGGCGAUCGCUACUUCAACUUGACGAGCCUCGCCGUCGAGCAAGUCAUCACCUCCUCCACCCAACACUCAAACUCGAUCGACUAUCGCCGCACCUACUUCAACAUUUGUGGCCCGCUGAAGCAUAACGAUACUGCUCCUAAAAACGACCAAUGCUCUGCGACCGCCAACUUCUGCGAGAUCACCACCAACGACAAGGACGGCGAUGUCCGCGUCACUGAUGUUGUCGAGUUUGCCGCCGAUCAGCACACGCCUGAAUUCACUUGGAUCGACUCCACCAACACACUCAACCUGACUUUCUCCGGACGAUACAACGAUACCAUCCGCAAAGUCAAUCUUGCCAUCAAAUGCAUCGAUAAGGCUGCUGAUAAGAAUCAGGAGCCAGUGCGCAACUCGUAUGAAAGCAACGUCCUCUCAAUUUCGUGGCAGUCGCCAUCAGCAUGCUCCACCAGCGCGCCCCCCAACCCACCAACCGACUCCCCAACUCCGGGCGCAGGAAGCGGCUCUUCCUUCAUCGGCAGUCUGUUCUACUACUCCUUUAUAUUGUUUGUGAUCUACAUGAUUGGCGGAUCGGCCUACAACUACUACUUCAACCGCAUCCAGCGAUUCCCCGAGUUUAUUCCCAAUAUUACCCUCUGGACCCUGGUCUUCAACAACGCCAUGGACAUUGUCUUUUCCCUCUACGACAAGAUCGUUAGUCGAAGCUACAACAGAAUUUGAGAUCGCAGAUGGCCCGCUUGACGCUGUCUUCCAUUUUGUCCCGGUGGCUCUCGGCCUAUGGAAAUUCCUCCCUUUGCAUAUCUUUUUCGUGGACUUGCCGUCUUCUUACUGCCAUCCUUGAGCGUGAUUCAAUCGUUUUCUGGUCGCCCUGGAUUUGUUCUGCCCAUAUCUCCAUCGCAGCCAAUACAUCGUUUUCUAGAGCCUCCACCGCCCUGAUCGACU